GCUAAAAUUAUUGGAGUCAAAACAAUUUACCAAAAAUAUACUAUAAAUAUUUCUUGUUAACUAAAUAAUUUAUAGUUAUUUUAAUUGAUAAAUACUUUUUUAAAAUAUUUUACAUUUAAUCUUAUAAUUUACCGUCUAUUGUCACACAAUGAUCUACACAGUUACGUACUAGUUCUGUAGCUAUAGAUAGAUAGAUAUUCAUUUGUUGAAAAUGGAGGCGUGAUGUUCGUGCAUUUGUCGGAAAACCAAGAUUUUCAAGUUUGCUAUUCCGGGUAUUUCUAGGUAUCUUCUUUCAUAGAUUGCACUAUGGCUGGCAAUAAAAUUAAUACAAAGGGUAAAAGUAGAGAUGAUAAAAACAAAUUAAAUAAAGUCAUAAGUCAAGGUAAUGAAGAGAAUGAAGAAAUUGAUUUUUCAAUAUUAAGAAAACCAAUAUACACAAGUGUUACAGGCCUAGCCCAGGCAAGAAAAAUAUUUGACUGUGCUACUGAAGAACUAAAAAAUUUGCUUUCUUCUGAAUGUGAUUUAUUGUAUGAAUGUAAAGUAUGUCGUAACAUAUUUAGAAGUUUGGUGAAUUUUAUAUCUCAUAAACGUGUUUACUGUAAAGAAACAUUCAAUUCUUCUCAACACAGCCACUUCAUCAACCCUACCUCUACAGCUAAUGAAAUUUUGAAGAUUAAGCGCUUGGAGGAAGGAUAUCAACAAUCGUUGGAAGAAAAAAUUGGGUCAGAAAAUAAUGAUAUGGAAAUUGAUGAGUUUGAGGACAGAAUACCAUUGACAAAGGAUUUAACAACUAUUAUGGAGAAAAUUACAAAGAAUAAAGGAAUUAGUUCAAAUAAAUCAGAACAAAACAUAGUUUUACAGAAAAUUGCAGGUAGUUCUGUUGCAGUAUUCCAGAGUGUAGACUAUUCUGAAGAAAAACAGUUUGAUAAAAUGAAGGCUCAAGUAAACGAGCUGGAUGAUAUUUUGUCAAGGGACAAAGCAGUUCUACAAAAAGAUGGAAAAUUUAAAACUCAAACAUCUGUUCCAACAGAUACUGAUAAUGUGAUACAAAUAAGUGAUGAUGAAGAUACUGAAGCUACUGGUAUUCUUAAAUGCAAAAUUUGUGAUCAACAAUUUUCUACCCAGAAGACUCUGAAGUUCCACAUGAAAUAUAAACAUGUAGAAAGUCGAUUGGUUUAUCCUUGUCCUGACUGCUUGGAAAUAUUCUCCACAUCCUGGAGCGUCUACCGACAUCUCUUCAAAGUGCAUAGAAAAACGGCUGCUCAAAUUAGGAAGCUACGAGAAUCAAUACAAGCAAAAGCCUUCAGAAUGAAUAAUCCUCCCGCUUUUUAUGAAAAACGUAAAAAUAUGAAACCUACACAAGUUCAAAAAAUAACAGAAGAAGAACGUGUGGAUCAAGAGAAUCAGGCCUGGAUGGACAAUAUGGAGGGUGAGGGCGAAACGCCACGCUGCUUUGGGUGCGGGCGAACGUUCGAGCGUCGCGCGGCAUUAGCUGCUCAUACUCACACCUGCCAGCCUCGCUCACGCGUCCUCGCGCCUGCACAUCCCGCUCGACGCGCUCCCGAGACCAAGAAGAUCGAGAUACAAAUCCGCAAGGACUACAACAAGGGCCCGCCACAGCCCUCAGCCUUGAACAUGCCAAUGAAAACUGGUGAUGCUAAUGAAACUAAAGUUUCAUCUGAAGAUCAGUCACCAAUAAAAACUAUAAAAAGUGAAGAAAACUUUACAUCAGUUCAACAAAAGGAUUUAGUAGAGACUACACCAACUAAGAUGGGAGACAAUCAAAACUCCGAUAAUAAAUCUUCAGAAGAUGCCGAAAAGAAUAAACCAUUACUUGUUUCUAAAUUGCCUAAAUUACCAUUUGCUCAUCAACCGGAGAAAAGUAAUUUGACAGCUUUUAAACAAAAAAUACAACCUGAUAUUGACACCCUAAAGAACCUUUGUAAAAGGUGUGACAUUCAACAUAAUAAUACAGAAGAAUUAUAUAACCACAUGGCUGCUCAUUAUAAGUGGAUGCGUUAUGCUUGCAAAUUAUGUAAUUUCAAAAAUUACGAAUUUGAAAAAUUGCCUGAACAUGUUAAAAUUGUUCAUAAAUUAAAGGGUGACACAGAUUUUUAUUUCAGUACUGUAAAAGCUAUUGAUGGUGCAGAAGCACUAGAACUAUCUGAACUAGUCGAAGAAUUAAAUGAUAAUAAUGAAAGUCCUGAUUCUAGACGUCCUAGUAGAUGUUCCAGUGACUCAAGUCGUCUAUCUGAUGAUAGUUCAUCAAGUAGUACUAGAGUGGAAGCAGGAUCUAGGAAGAGGAAAAUUAAUCAAAGUAGAAAUGUUUCUAAAAAGAAAAAAGAAACUGUAAUUAAUGAUGAUGAUGAUGAGCUGAAGGGUGAGGUGCCAAUAGAAACAUCACUUGUAGAAAAUGAUUCAUCUACCACAGUUAAAACUUUUGAAGAAAAUUCUUCAGAUAUGGAUGAUUUGGAUGAGAAAAUAGCUAAAAAACAAAUUGAGCAAACUUUAUCUGUAGCCUCACGUAGACCUAUUCGUAAAAAAACAAAACCUAAAAAUGAAGACUUCGAAUAUGAUUUAUCGAAUUUGUUAAAAAUGGAAGCCCAGGGUUAUAGAGAUUCUCAAACAGUUUCUAAUACAAAAUCCAUUCAAACCAAAAAACGAACUAUGCAAGAAAAUCAAAAUUAUUAUGAUAAUGUUAAUAAAGAUUGUUGUGGGGCAUUAGUUAUGUUAUCUAAAAAGGCUGUUGGAAAAGCUUCAGCACAUAUGAAAACUACAAAUUUUUCUGUCAGUGUUCAGAAAGAAACGAAGUCUUCAAACAUAUUUGUACGACCUAUGCUCCCCAAAACUAUUUCUAAAUGUGAUAAAACAUCACCUAAAAAAGAUGUCGACAAUUUAAAAGAACUUCCAAGUCCUAACAAAGAAGUAAAAAAUAAUAAAAAUAUUAUAGAUGACUGUAUAAAAACAAAUAUUAUAGAAGAUAAGACUACGGCAAAUAGUGAAACCAAUGAAAUAGAAACUCCAACAAAGGAAGCCAGUGACAAUUCUAAAUCGAAUAAAGAUGAAAAACCAACCAAUAGUGGCCUUUGUGAAACAAUAAAAACUAAUUUAAAUAUCCCCGCAGUAGUUCCCAUUAAAUUUCGUCGUCAGAGUUUAGAAGUUAUUAAAAAUCCAUUAAUUAAUAAAAAUAUUACUGAUUUUACAAAGGCUGGAAUGAAAACGAAAAUUUUAGUUAUUAAGCCUAUCAACAGGAAUAAAGAUGGGAUUAAAACAGCAAGUACGCCGAUCAAAUUCCAAAAUUUCCAAACAAUAAAAUUAAAGGAUCCUUCUAAAAAUUCUGCAGUAAACGAAACUAAAUCAUCUGACCAAGUAGUAGUAGUGAAAGUUCCCAAAGAAAAAAAUGAUCAAAUUAAUUCUCAUGAAAACUUUAGUAUGAAAGAUAUAUGUGAUAAAGAACAAGUAGAAUCUAAAACAGAUGCCAAUGUCGAUGUAGUAGUUAGUAAUGAUAAUAUGGGUAUUCCUUGUAAAAACAAAAUAGUAAGUAAUGAUAUUUCUAGAUAGACCACAUGAAUCCAAUAGUUUACUAUUAUGUAGCAAAUAUUUCAUUUAUGAAUAAAAUAUUGUGCUGAACUUAUUUUUAUUGAUAGGUUAGAUUACAAAUAUAGUAUCUACAUAUAUAAAGAAGUCUUUUAUUACCCAAGUACUUAAUUACAUAAUUAACUACUCCUAUAUGUAUAUAUAUAUGCAGUAUAACAAAAGAUUGUACGAAGUAGUCGUGCGAUCUUUUUUUAUACUAUUGAUUAAUUUAACAUUUUCUUCCACAAAAACAAUGAAAUAUUGACAAAAUUUACUAAAUUGUUGUUUAUCUACUUAUAUGCGAACCACCACAGACGGCACAAUAUCACUUUUGACAAUGAUAUGACGCUGGGCCAACUAUGGCGUAUUGUUGAAUUCUAUACAAUUAAACAACAACGAAACAGUUAAGAAACUGAAAAAAUUUAUGCACCUAUUACACCUUCCUAAUUAAAUUUUCGUAUAAAAAAUUGUAAAGUCUACAAGUCCGUAUGAAUUCGAAACCUUGAGUUUUUCAACAAAAGCAUAAUAAGAUGUUGUAGUGUUGCAGGUUCAUAGGCUCUGAUAACC